UAUGUGCGGGCGAGAAGAUGGCGGCGGCGGGGGAAGCAGCGUGAGGAGUCGGACGAGCGCCGAGGCUCAUUGAAACGGGCCGCCAUGGCCCUCCGCAACCCGCAGUAUAUUUUUGGAGAUUUUAGCCCUGAUGAAUUCAAUCAGUUCUUUGUGACUCCUCGCUCUUCAGUUGAGCUUCCUCCGUACGGUGGAGCAGUUCUGUGUGGCGCACAGGCCGCUGGUGAGCUGCCCGAUGGGCAGGACUGUCAGAGAAUUGAAUUUGGUGUUAAUGAAGUAAUUGAACCCAAUGGCGCUUUGCUGAGAACUCCCACCUACAGUAUUUCAAGCACAUUGAAUCCUCAGGCCCCGGAAUUUAUCCUUAGUUGCACGACUUCCAGAAAGAUCCCCAGUGACAUCGAUAAAGAAGUGAACUACAGCUCAGCUGACUGCCAAUACCCAGGCUCUGCCCUCGCCCUGGAUGGCAGCUCUAACGUGGAGGCGGAAGUUUUAGAGAAUGAUGGCGUCUCGGGUGGUCUUGGACAAAGGGAGCGUAAAAAGAAGGAAAAACGCCCCCCUGGAUAUUACAGUUACUUGAAAGACGGCGGCGAGGGUGGUCCUUCCACAGAAGCCCUGGUCAAUGGCCAUGCCGGUCCAGCAGUCCCCAACAGUGUAGGCACGGAGGAUGUGGACUCGAUGGGUGAUGUGCCCCCCGUGGGGACACCCAGGACUUGGGGCAGCCCCCAGGACACCACGGACUUCGUCAGCGACGCCGUGCCUGCUGGUUCUUUCCCCGGAGCCCUUGACAGCGGGGCCAGGACUGCAGGGCAGCCUGAGGGCUGCCCCGGGGCCAACUUGGAGCCCUCUCACCUCCCUGCAGAGGCCAGCAGGGACACCCUGUUGAGGACAGCUGUGGCUCAGCCUGCCGUUGGGACCGAUACUACUGAGAACCUUGGAGUCACUAACGGACAAGUACUAGAAUCCUUGGGUGAGGGCACAGCUGCCAACGGGGUGGAGUUGCACACUGUGGAGAGCGAGUUGGACACUGUGGACUCGGACCCCGCCAAGGCCGAGAGCGGCCCCCCUCGCGCGGACACCCCGGCCUCUGCGGCAGCCACCGCUCCUGCUGGUCAGAGUCAGCCCGCCAAGUCGUGGGCCAGUCUUUUUCAUGAUUCUAAGCCCUCUGCCUCCUGCUGCUGCUGCUCCUCCUCCUCCUCCUCCUCCUCCUCCUCCUCCUCCUCCUCCUCCUCCUCCUCCUCCUCCUCCUCCUCCUCCUCGCCUGUGGUUUCCAUGGAAACUAAGUAUUCCCCUCCUGCCACAUCUUCCCUGGUCUCUGAAAAGCAGGCUGAAGUCAAGGAAGGGCUGGUUUCAGUUUCCGAAGAUCCUGUAGCCAUGAAGAUUGCAGGUAUAGUUCAAAAGACACAAGUGUGA